AAUCUCGGUUACAAGAAGCUCCAGGGCUAAAAUCAUUAUGCUGUUGAAAUUCGCCAGCUUUGGUGUUAAAGUAGGCCAUCAAGCCGCAAAGACCACGUUGUUUCGUCCAAGAAAUCGAAUAUUGAUUGUAUAAAAUUUUAUAAGCAUACCUAAAGCUAAUUGAAAGUGUUGUACUUCAGGCAGCCUACUGAAAAAUUUUAGUUUCCACCCACAACAUACAGCAAGGCUUCUAAAAAAAAUGGCCCAUUCUUCCAUCACUUCUGGAUCUAAACAUGAUCCUAAUCAGCUCAUUAAAUCAAAGUCUCCGUAUCUGUUACAACAUGCAUACAAUCCAGUGAACUGGUAUCCUUGGAGUGAAGAAGCCUUAAAAAAGGCAAAGGAGGAAAAUAAAUUAAUAUUCCUCUCAGUUGGUUAUUCAACAUGCCAUUGGUGCCAUGUCAUGGAAAAGGAAUCAUUUGAAAAUGAAGAUAUUGCAGCAGUGAUGAAUGAAAAUUUCAUAAACAUUAAAGUUGACCGAGAAGAAAGACCAGAUGUUGACAAGAUGUACAUGAGUUUUGUUCAGGCCAUUUCGGGACGUGGUGGAUGGCCAAUGAGUGUUUGGAUGACCCCUGAGUUGAAGCCAGUGUAUGGUGGCACAUACUAUCCUCCCGACGAUCGUUAUUAUGGCCAACCUGGUUUCACAACAAUUCUUAAAUCUUUGGAUCAACAGUGGAAAGAAAACCCGCAGAAAUUCAAGAAAUCUGGAGAGAGCAUCAUGGCGGCGUUAGCACAAGCAGCACUUAUUGGCAAGGGAAAUCAAGUGCCGAGUGCCUCUGAAUGUGGAAACCUGUGUUUUAAGCAGUUGCGUCGUAGCUACGAACCCAAAUUGGGUGGUUUUAGUGAAGCUCCAAAAUUCCCGCAACCGGUUAAUAUGAACUUUUUGCUGCGUUGGCAUGUUCUCAACAAAGGAUCUGACGCUGACCUGGCUUUGGACAUGUGCGCCCACACAUUGCACAUGAUGGCCAAAGGAGGAAUCUUUGAUCACGUCUCUCUGGGUUUCGCACGUUACUCGACCGAUGAGAAAUGGCACGUGCCACAUUUCGAAAAGAUGUUAUACGAUCAAGCUCAGUUGGCUUCUGUUUAUACUGACGCCUACCUUCUGACAAAAGACGGAGAUUUUGCCAGAAUCGUCAGUGAUAUCCUUUCUUACGUCAGCAACGAUCUGAGUGAUCCAUCUGGCGGAUUUUAUAGCGCAGAAGAUGCUGAUUCCUAUCCGGAAGCCGGAUCAAAGGAAAAACGUGAAGGAGCCUUCUGCGUGUGGACUCACAAAGAAAUUCAGUCUCUUUUGGGCGCUCAACCCGUUCCUCCUGAAUUCAGCGCGGGUGUCACAGUGUCCGACAUUGUUUGCUAUCACUUUGACAUUCGACCCAACGGCAACGUGGAUCCCUAUCAGGAUCCACAUGAUGAACUCAAGGGCCAAAAUGUCUUGAUUGUCCGCGGAAGCGAAGAGGAAACUGCGGCCAAGUUCGGACUAUCAUUGGACGUUUUCCGGCAAUUGCUGAAGACUGCCUUAUCAACAAUGCGGGAGGCCCGCCAAAGAAGACCACGUCCUCAUCUUGACGAUAAAAUGCUGGCCAGUUGGAACGGUUUGAUGAUCUCCGCCUUCGCCAAAGCGGGUACUGUUCUCAUGGAAGACACUUACGUCGAGAGGGCAGUUAAAGCAGCCGAAUUUGUGCGCCAGCAUCUCUUUGACCAGCAAAGUGGACGCCUCUUUCGAAGCUGCUACCGUGGCGGGGACGGACAAGGCGCAGUCUCUCAAAUUGACGAGCCGAUUGCGGGAUUCCUGGACGAUUACGCCUUUGUCGUUCGCGGAUUGUUGGAUUUGUACACGGCGUGCCAAGAUGAAAAAUGGAUUCAGUGGGCUGACGAGUUGCAACAAAAACAGGACGAUCUUUUCUGGGACGCGUCGCAAGGUGGAUAUUUCACUUCGCCGGCUGGCGACACCAGCAUUCUCAUUCGGCUGAAAGAAGAGCAAGAUGGAGCCGAGCCAUCGGCCAAUUCGAUAGCCGUGGGCAAUCUGGAACGGCUGGCUAUUGCGGUUGAUCGGAGCGACUACCACGAUAAAGCAGAGCAAACCUUAUGUCUAUUCCAAGACCGGCUGGCUAAAAUCCCCCUUUCUUUGCCCGAAAUGGCGUCCGCCUUACUGCUCUACGAGGAAUCACCGACCGAGGUAGUGAUUGUUGGACCCAGGUCGUCGGACCUUGGCCAUCAACUCUAUCGAGAAGCUGUAACGCACCAAAGAUCUUUACUGGGUCAAGUGGUGAUUCGUUUCGAUUCUUGCCGACCACCUCAAGACGGCGCUUCAUUCUUGGCUAGUCGUCGGCCGUCAUUAGUGGCCAUGAAACCGGCCAAAAUGGGAUGCGACGCUGCUGCUUACCUCUGUCGAAAUCGAUCCUGCUCCGCGCCCGUCUAUUCCCCGGAGGAUUUACGACAGUUGCUUAACUCACAAUGACAUUCAUCCUCUUCUUCUUCGUCUUCCCUUUUUUUUUUGCGCUAUGAUAAUGGAAUUGAAUUAUCUUUCCCUGUCCCCAUAAUUUGCAUGAUUUAGAGCAAGUUGAAUGACGUUUGCAUACAUACUAAGCGAACAUUGUUGCUAAUAACGCCAUUUCGUAAAUAAUUUUCAAAUUUACUUUCGUGUAAGUUGAAAUAUUUCCCCCCGCGUUUCUUUGGCUGUUGGCUGAAUGAUAACAACCCAACAACGUAGCCUGACAUGAUUGAAGUAUAGCACUGUAUGAAGCAGUGAAAGGAAAUUGAUCGAUGGCUGCAAUAGGAGCGUCUUUUUCUUUCUUGUCUCUUCCGUUUUUCUUCUUCUUUUAUUCCGUGCUGCCGUUUUUUCUUUCAUCGGGUACGUCCCUUUUCGCCAUAUUACUUAUUCACGGUGCAUUACGCUGCAUCUUUGAAAGGGUGUCAUCAAUAUUUUAUUCUCCUUCCUAUUUUUAAUGAUUCGUGCGCUUGGGCAAAAAAUGGCAUUCACAAAAUUGACCUGAAGAAUUCGAUCGUAGUUUCGAAUCGAGGCACAUUUGUAUUGUAGUCGAGACAGUGCCAAGAGACGGACCUCGCUCCUCUACGUGACUUUUCCGGCUACGUUAUCGAACAACCAUCAGCAGGUGCGUCGGGAGGAGAAACGAUGCGACAGAAACUGUCGCUUUUCAUUUUUGCCGUUGUGUUCAGCCCACACGUCUUGUGUGACUACACUCACCGAUGUCUUCAAUCGAUGGUAAACAGGCGGCCGUAGCAUUUUUUUUUUUUUUUUUUUGCUAUCAAAGGCGAGGAAUAUAAUAAGAAAAAAAAAAAGGAAAAAAAGAAAAACUUUCACCUCCAAUUCCCUGGCCAUCUGAAUCGGGAGUGCGAGGGUGGGGGGAGGGUUGGAGUAAGACAUUUGCUAGUUCCACAUCCAUCGCAGAGUGCCGUGGUUAGACCUCAAAAUGUACGUGAAAAAGAGAAUAUAACAGUCUCUGGGGUUGGCCAGCAAGGCGCGGCGUGUUUUAUCAGUCUGUCGGCUUUUUCGUCUCUCUUUUUUUUGUACCUAAAGUUUCUUUUAUGAUUAAUCCCAACGAAAGAGCUCCGCCAACUACUCGACAUCACGUAAUGAUGACGUCAAAAAAAAAAGGGAAACUAACAAAAGUGUGGUGGGUAGGACCAUUCGAAAUGAGAGAAGAAAGUCUUUUUAAGAGUUUGGGGUUCUUAACACUUUUGUCCCAUUUUGAAAAAGAAAAAAAAACAACUUUUCGAUUGAUGCGCCUCGUUGACGAUUUGCCGAAAUUAUUGGAACUGAACAAUACGUCGCAAAUGUUUAUACCUUACAGCAGAUUUUUUCCUAUUCUUCCCUUUCUUUUUCCAACUAAAAAAAAAAAAAUUUUAGGUGAAUGGAUCGAACGCGCGUAGAUAAAUUUCUCCAUCAUCGUCGAUUUCGUGAGUGUCGACAUAACAUUUCGUGUAAGAGUCACGUUGUAAAAAUCACCUGGAUGACAUGACGCGAUGAUGUCGUCGGCCGCUAGAAAAAUGCCGUUCGCGGUGUCUGGCCAAGAAGAAUAACAGUUUGGAAACGUUCCACAAGUUAAGUCAAUGCCGUGUGAGUGGAGCCUUUGUGUUUUAUUGUCUUUAUAUUUUGUAUCAACAAAAAAAAAAAGGCCAGUGAGAAGAAAGAGGAUAAUAAAGUAAGGAGCCAAACAUUUGAAAUGUUAGCCCGAUACAACAGUUGA